AUGGUGGCUGAUAGUAGUGAGAUUGUGAUUCUGAGUCCCAAGUACUCGGAGGAAUUGAAAGAUGACCAUCGUCUGGAUUUUGUGAAAUUGUUUUUACAGGUGUGUUCCUCUUUUGUCGGGUGAUGUCUACAAUUUCAUUGAGCACUGCUGUAAAAAGAUACAUUGCUAACCAUAGUGAGAUUAUAGGACUUCCACGAAGGAAUCCCUGGAUUCGAUUUCGCUGAUAAAGGAGCACGAGAUGCGAAGCUUUUGAGACAAGUAACGAAGAAGGAAUUGACACAUCAACUAGGUAAGUCCUAAGAGCUAUCUCACGAGAUCUUCUAAGUACUAACCACCAACUUCCACAACAAAAACAACCGCAGCACUAUCAGAAGAAUGCAGCUCAGCACUAGAUUGGAUUUUCACAAACAACAAAGGUAUCCUCAGGGCUCUGUUUCCCUUAUCAAAACCCAAAGAUCCAAAGUUUUGGGAAUGACAACCUCUACAGAAUCAGUAUUGUCGCUUUUCUCCACACAGAAUACCACACCAUUAACACCCGCACCAACAAUUGGAUGGCUGGAGGUUCCUUCAUCAACGAUAACUACCAGGCAAGGAGAUUCCUUCACAACUUGUAG